AUGAAGUUCCUCGUUUCCCUGACAGCAGGUCUGCUGUCUAUCGGCUUGGCCUCCGCAUCACCAGCUGCACCAUUGAACAAAAGAGCUGUGUCAACCGACGGAAGCUGCGGAGGAACAAAGGGCUUCACUUGCAAGGGUUCUUCAUACGGAGACUGCUGCUCGCAGUACGGAUGGUGCGGAAGUUCCAAGGACCACUGCGGAGCCAGCUGUAACUCAGCAUUCGGCACAUGUACUGGCAGCACAACUACGUCAAAAGCAACUUCAGUAACGGUCCGACCCUCGUCGACCACGGUUGCCCCGCCGCCCGCCUCAACACCAACGAAGAAGGUGUCACCGGACGCGACAUGUGGUGGCACAAACGGCUACACAUGUCUGGGUAGCGCCGAAGGCAAUUGUUGCAGCGUGAGUGGGUGGUGUGGUUCCACAUCGGCUUACUGUGGAAGCGGAUGCCAGGCAGGCUUCGGAAACUGUGGCAGCAACGCCGGAUCAGGAUCUAGCACAAUCAAAAGCAGCGCAACCAAGACUUCUUCAACUACUCCAUCAUCAACAGCAUCUGGAUCUGCUCUCCAAUGUUUGAACGGAAAGAAUGUUCCUUACAAGAUGACUUCGGAUGCCGAGUACUCUGAGCUUUCAGAGCCUUACAACUUGCGCGUUCCCUUCAAGCCGGCUGUCAUUGUCCUCCCAACUACCAACCAGCACGUUCAAGAUGCAGUAGUAUGCGCUGCUCAGGCUGGCCUCAAGGUUCAGGCUAAGUCAGGCGGUCACUCAUACGCAAGCUUCAGCUCCGGUGGCAAGGAUGGCGCUAUGCAGAUCAACCUCCAGUCCUUCCAGACCAUCCAACUCGACAAGACCUCUGGCGUUGCAACAGUCGGAGGAGGUGUCCGUCUGGGCAACCUCGGCGAUGGCAUCUUCACCCAAGGCAAUGCUGCCGUAGCUCAGGGUACCUGCCCUGGUGUUGGUAUUGGAGGUCACUACACACAUGGAGGUUACGGUCACACUUCGCGCAACUGGGGACUAGCCAUGGACCAAGUCAUCGGAGCUGACAUCGUCCUCGCCAACGGAACCCUCAUCAAGGCCUCAUCAACACAAUCCCCCGAGAUCUUCUGGGCUAUCAAGGGCGCAGCAGAGUCUUUCGGUGUCGUCACAAAGUUCUACCUCCAGACACGCGCCGCACCCGCUAGCAUCACAUACUUCCAGUUUGCCUUUACCGGCAUCCACGACUCCAAGAGCGUUUGGACAAACACCUUCCUGCACAUUCAGGAUGUCGCGAAGAAUGCUUCCGUAGUCGACAACCGCGUGUCCUUCGGCAUCUACCUGGACAACUACGGCUCCUACAGCCUGAGUGGCGCCUUCUUCGGCACCGUCUCCGAGUUCAACACCAAAGUCAAGCCCGAGCUACUCCGCACUCUGCCCACUGCAGAAGCUACCGUCGAGUCCAUGGCCUGGUACGACUACAUGGUCAAAGUGUCCGGCAAGACUAGCAUCAAAGAGCCGCUUACCGGCUACGACGAGCACGAAGACUUCUUCGCCAAGUCCGUCACAGUCCCUGAGGCCAGCGGCUUGACAUCAAACGCCCUCAACUCCCUGUACGAUUACCUCAAGACGGCUGGUUCGACAGAAUACUACAUCAUCAUCAACCUUUACGGUGGACCUGGCUCGGCUAUCAACAGCAAAGGCACUGAUUUCGCGGCCUAUGUCGACCGUGAUAGUCUGUGGGUGCUGCAGAACUACGGAUACGGAGGCGCAUCGGUGAACUUUAUCAAUGGCAUCAACAGUGCUAUUAUCAAUGCGCAGCCGCAGACGAGCUUCGGUGCGUAUUUGAACUACGUUGACCCGUCAUAUGAUGCCGCGACGGCGCAUAAGUUGUACUAUGGCGAUGCUGUGUACAGCAGGUUGGCGGCGUUGAAGCAGAAGGUUGACCCCCAGAGUGUGUUCUGGAACCCCCAGGCUAUUGGUGCAUAG